AUGUCCGAUUGGACAAAAGGGGAGUACAUUUGUCCGGAGUCUUCAAUCCUAGAUCCACGUGUCCUUAAUCUGUUUAUAAAUGAUCUUGAAAUGGGAAUUGAAAGUCAUGUGUCUGGGCAGGCAAGUGGCAGUCAUGCAUUUUGAAAUAAGGAACCCACAAGCAACUUACACAUUAAAUGUGAGCUACAGAUAACAUUAAAUGAAAAAGAGUUGGCAUCAAUUGUAAAGAACAAACUAGGCAACAGUGUGCAAUGUCGAUCUGCCUUUUCAAAGGCUUUUAGGGUGCCGUCAUGCAUGAAAAGGAUACUUGUUAGUUAGUUAUCUCCAUUCUAUGAUUGAAAAGCACUGUGCUAUUCUUUGACUAUAAAUCUAUAUAUAUAUAUAUAUAUAUAUAUAUAUAUAUUUGUGGUCAGGGCAUAAGCCGUAGUAUAACUUAUAUACAUAGGACAAACCAUGAAAGGAAAUGUCAGUUGUGGUGUGCCGGAACUGACGAGGAAGUAGGCCUGAAAUAAAAGAGGGCCUACCUUAUAAAAUGCUUAUGAAAGCGGUGUGGUGGGUGGGAGAAUCCGUCGCACCUAACAGGUAGUGAGGGAAGGGUCUGGAGUCCCUUAAGAAGGGUAACCCAGCCCUUCCCACAACUUCAGGCCACGCCUUCCAUUUGUGGUCAGGGCAUAAGCCGUAGUAUAACUUAUAUACAUAGGACAAACCAUGAAAGGAAAUGUCAGUUGUGGUGUGCCGGAACUGACGAGGAAGUAGGCCUGAAAUAAAAGAGGGCAAAAAGAGAUAACCAUUUAUUCGUCCUACAACCGGACAUAACAGAUUACAAAUUCAUAGUUUUGAAAGCCAGACGUACUUCUUGUAUGGGCUGAGGUAUGUAUCUAGUGUAUGCCGUAGAUUUCCAUCGUCCUAGUAUCUGAAUAAUGUGAGCAGGGAUAUUCUUUUUAGAAGCGGUGGUGGCGGCUCCUAUUCUAAAAGAGUGACCAGAGUAGCUGGCUGGGUUCAGUCCUAACCGGGCUAACAAUAUCCUAAUAUACAUCAUGAAUUGGCUCGUAGUGAGCUUAUUGCCGUGCAAGGACAGGAGUGGUUGUGUGGGGCCCAUAUUGUCAAAGGCAAGAAGUGUGUCGAAAACCUUCACCGGGCACCAAGUAUUACUUGUGGGGUAAUAGGGUAUAGUGACCGUUUGCCCGGGGGCGCUUGUUUUGGUAUGGUGCAGUAACAGAAGAUAGUGAUCUUGGACCUUUAUGAGAUCGGACCUUGUGAGGAAAAGGGGUGAGUUAUAGCUAGUAGUAGUGAAUUCUCUGGGCCGUAAAAACCCGUAAAAUGCUAGAUAGAUGGCGGCUUUAAUUACAUGAUUAGUAUGAGCUUCAAAGGGUGAGGUGUCUAGUAGUUUUGACAGUGACUGAAACAAUACAUCGUGUAUGGGUAGUCUAGUUGGUGAGGCUAUAGGGGCGGAGUCUUUGAUGCCUUUAAGUAUAGCCUUAACUUGGUAGGACGACAGAAAGCGUUGUUUGUUAGGCCAAGUGGUGAGGAUGUGAUGUUGAAUGCCUGUGAUAUAUAAUUUGAUGGUAUUGUAAGAUAAUGUUAGACGAAAGUGGCAAAAAGAAAUAAAAGCAAUAAUGGUUUCCAUAGAAAACUGGUCAGUGACAUUAAAGUCCAACAAGAAUUUAUUGAAAACAUGGAAAGCCCUUUCAUAUGCCUUCCUGGUAUUAUCGGAGAGACCGAGCUGUGAGAGUUGUCGCCCUUGACAUAGCAGAACUUUUAGUCCCAGAUCAUUUCCUGCCACUUUGGAACUGGAGUUGGUAUGAGGGCCAGCUGUUGGCAGGGCCUCCCGAAACUCCUGAAACCGAGACCGUGACAAAUGAUCAGCUGCAAUGUUGAGAACCCCAGGCACAUGAACACAAGUGAGAAGAAAACUGUGUUUUGCAGCGAGCCAUGUGAGAGUCCUCAUGAAACGCAUGAUGGUGAGGGAAGAGGAACGCCCCUUGUUUACAAUAUGGCAUGUUGCCAUAUUGUCCGAGAAGCAACGAACCGUAUUCCCGGACCAACUUGCUCCCCACUUAACUGCUGCCGCUAAGAUAGGAUAGAGCUCAAACAAGGCUGAUGUGUCCUUAAACCGGGGAAUUUCUGUAAUUUCCCUAGGCCAUUCACCCCACAUCCAUUCAUUUCCCCAUAUUGCUGCAAAACCUGAGGUGGCUGCGGCAUCCGUCCAGACUGACUCCGAUUUCUCUGACCAAACCGGUAUAAACAUGCUUUUCCCGUUCCAAUUUUGCAAAAACUCCCUCCACAUAUGUAGGUCAGCGGUGGCCUGUACGUCUAAAGUAAUGCGGGAGGUGUCAGAUUGCAACAUUGGAAACAGGCUAAGUAACCUUGAAAUGAAUGCUCUACCUUGUGGAAUGAUUCUCAUAGCGAAAUUUAGAGAACCCAACAAGGAUUGCAACUCCUUCCUAUUGCAUGAGCCUCCUCCUAAGUAAAGGUCGAUAGCUGCCAGGAUGCGCUCAAUCUUUUCUCUGGGUAGGCUAGCUUGCAUGUGUACAGAGUCCAGUACCACCCCCAAAAAGUGGAUGAUAGUAUCCGGACCCUCAGUCUUGGUAGGUGAAAUAGGCACCCCUAGUUGUGUAAACAGUUUUGUGAUAGACUGGAGGCUACUGGGAGGUACUAGGUUACUUUCUAUGGUCAGGAAAUCGUCCAGGUAAUGGAUAACUGUGGGACAUCUGCAGAUGUUAAGCAGCAUCCAGCACAACGUCUCCGCGAAGAUAUCGAAAAUCCUAGGGCUGCUUUUUGAGCCAAACGUGAGACGCGUGAAGAAGUAAUAUGAACUUCGCCACUUAACACCAUGCAAAUGCCAUAGGGAUGGGUGGAUAGGGAGCUGCUUAAAAGCGUUGGCAAUAUCAGUUUUACUUAGCCAUGCCCCUACCCCUGCUGCGAGUAUGGCUGUGACUGCAUGAUCGAUGGUGGCAUACUGGAGGGAAAACUCCUCGGACGGGAUUAGUGAAUUUAAACUUGGGGUAUGAGAUGCAUGGGGGGCGGACAGAUCGAGAAUUAAUCUUUGUUUAUUGGAGGAUUUAUUGGUGACCAGUCCUAUGGGGUUUGUCCUCCAAACUGCGAAAGGCGGGGGGUUGAAAGGGCCUAAUAAGAAACCUUGGUCAAUUUCCUUCUGUAGGAGUAAGUCGAUAGUGUUGGGUGCUGCCAAGGCUGUCUGCAAAUUAUUACAUUCUAGGGUCCCCGUGGGCAUGUGAAUAAUACCCGUGUGAAACCCCAUCUUAAACCCUGUCACCAAAAAAUCAACGAGAUGUUGGGAAGGGUGAUCCCGCAAAAGUUGUUGCAGUAGGGAGACAUGAAGAGACGAUAAGUACUGCUUAGGGUAUAGUUUAUUUGGGCACAUUGCCUUGGAGUGAGCUCUGAAACAUAGUGAGCAAACAUGGAGAAGUCUGCAGGCACUGUAACCGCGGGAACCUGAGUUGAAAUUGUUACAGACCUGCGAUUUACCCAAAAACACUAUGUCACGGCCUAGUUUAUCCUUAAGCACCUUGCCAGGUCUCCCAGUGGGCACUACAUUAGGAGGUGGAAAAACAGCGUUUACCUCUGGAGAAUUAGGGCACAGAUUAGCCGUGUGAGAAUUGGACGAGCAAAUGGCACAAGCUGGGGUUUUUAGGCCCGCGAAGUGUCGGCAAAAAAGCUCAGUAUCCAGGACGCCCCAAUCCGUUUGGUAAUUGAACUGUGAAAGGGCUGCCGACGCCUUCGCGGAAAAGGCACGGUGGUAGUCGUAAAAAGACGUACCACCGUACUUAUGCCCCAAAUCCACCAGCUUGUGGAGAUACAGGUCCAAUUCCUCCCUCCUAUCCGGGUAUACCGAGCAUAUUACAUCUCUGUAUAUACCGAAAGCCAGUACAAAUUCUGGUAUUGAUAGUUUCUGAUUUAACCUGGGGUCUCUGGACUUCAAUACCACUGAUACAUCACCGUAUGCGUAGGUCUUAUUCUCUAGGACAUCUUGUGAGGCUAUCAAAAGUGAUACCAAAUUGAUAUCUUUCCCCUCCAAGAUGUCCUUCUUUGUUUUAGCAGGCACCAUGUGUGCGGGGUUAAUAAUAUGUGGGUCUUUUAACCUAUGUUGUAAAUUACCCGGUAGGGGGUCCAAAUGGACCGAAGCGGCCGGAUCCACUGCAGCAGCCAGUGACUUUUGCUGGCUAUCUGCAUCCAUUUUGUCUAGCUUGUCAGUAAUACGCCCCAAAGAGGUCAGAACUGAGGACAGAAUCGUAUUCAGCUCUGAAGACUGGGUGCCACUGGACCCUUCACCCGCCCCCGCGUUAUCAGUCUGUGUGUUCAGCAAUCUGUACAGUUCUGCUUUCCUAGCUGUAGCAGGGAAAGGAAUAUUUCUCUUCCUUAAUUCGGCGUGAUCCUGGGAAUAGUCCAUGCCCUGAGUGAGGCAGGGCUUGCGAUGUCGUCACCCCGAGACGGAGUGACUGAUCUAGCUGGUGUACUGGGUAAGGACUCAUCUUCCCUUCCUUCCGGAACUUGGGACAUGCUAUAACAUAAAAAUGAUAUGUUACCUGGGGUGCUAUCCAACUGGCUUAUGAUAACUAAUGCCAAGCGGCGAAGAAUUAUUAAGUAACGUGACAGGUGAGGCCCUGCUAGUAGCCAAGCGGCUAUGAGAGGCGCUAUCUAUGAUUUGGCUCGUGUGGAGUACGUGGCCAUUGGCAUUAUGGCGGGGUGGAGGCCUCUCUGUGAUUUGUAACAGCAUAAGACAGAAUGGGAGUGACAAGUGAGGCCCUCUCUAUGCAACUAAGCGAGGCGGCUAGCUAUGAAUGGGCCCGAGGGGAUGCCGUACCUCCGAAAUGAGGAUGGGUGUUGGCCUCGCGGGACCACUAACGUAAGGCAUAAGAGGCCAGAAAACGUAGCUAGUGGGUCCUAUUUAUUGUAAGCCAGUAAAUCUGUACUAAGCCGAAAGGGAAGGUAUGGGGAAUAAUAGUCGAAAAGAUAUGACGUACCUGAUGAGCGGGUUGACAGCUAUUAUGAGGAAAAGGAGGUACAGACGAUCUGUAGUCACCUACGAAAGUAAUAUACAUUUGAACGGGCACAGAAAUAUGACCCCUAACUCCCCUGUUAUUCAGAUACCUACCAGCAAUAUUGCCCUAGCAGAGGGCUGGGCACCAAUUAACAAAAGAGCAAGGAUGCCUAUACCUAAAAUACAGAAAACACAUAUAAGGACCCUGGCGUAGGGUGACUGUUAAGUAGAAAAUAACUCGAGUGAACUGACCUAAGUCCUGUGCAAGUUGUUAGAAUAGCUGCCCACCGUGGAAAUGCAGAGAAAAUACUGAAAAGAGUUUAAAAGACAUCUUAAGUACUAAUCACGCAUAUAUAUAAAUUCCCAAUACCAUGAUCCGUAGUCAUUGUUAGGCUAGCAGCCUAAUAAUUGUAUUAAAAUACGCGCCCAACAUAAAAGUAUCUGCACACAUUACUGGUUGUAACCUCAUAUGACAAACUUGCUUAAAUAACUGCAAACUUUAUGAACUUAAAAUAGCAUAAAUGACAGAACAGGUACAAGAAACUCUAAAUACAAUUUUAGACACCAGAGGUCGCUCUGGAGCUUAUACCAGUGUAUGAUUUUAAGUAACAGCGUUUUAAUGAAAUGGACACAAGAAUAAAAGUAACGUGAGAAAUAAGCAUAAGUGUGCUUAUAAAGUGACAAAGUAUCAAGACGUGAAUAGGUUGUUGUAUAACAUUGUAUUAUACUGGUACUUUGUGAGCGUGUAGCAUAUUGACCCUUAGUGAUGACGUAAAACGGCCGCGCCGCCAAAUUUGCGACGGCCGUUUUAACUUAAGAUUUGCAGCGUGAAAAUUUGCCCGCCGAUUGCCCGACCUAGCGCGCACCAACCCGUGGUAUCCGGAGGUAAUCCUGGAUGCCUCCGAAAAACUGCCCGACCUAACGCGCACCAGCCCGCCGGAAACUGCUGUCCGAAACCGGAAGUGACGUAUACUUCCCCAGCAAUCCGUCGCACCUAACAGGUAGUGAGGGAAGGGUCUGGAGUCCCUUAAGAAGGGUAACCCAGCCCUUCCCACAACUUCAGGCCACGCCUUCCAUAUAUAUAAAUAAUAGAACUAUAAAAACGUGCUAGAAAAACUGCAUUUCUUUUCUUUACAACAAAGUUUCUCAGGGGAGAUAUGAUAUAGUGCUUUCUAAAUAUAAACAGAGUCAGUAGAAACUUCUAUGUUCUAAACUGUUCAUUAUCAAAAAUAUACAGCAGGCGAGGUUGUUUAUUGAGACUGGAAGAAAGGCAUCUUCGCUAACAGCAGAAGAACAAUAAGAAAGAAUAAGGAUGCAAAAUCUAAAGGAGUCUCAAAUUUAACUUUGUUUCUUUUUUUUUAUAUCCCUAAAUUCUGAAGGUCCUUUUUUUUGCAAACCUAUUGGUGGUGAGGGGGUUAAUAGGCUUCAACCCUAUUCCAGCACAUGAUACACUAUUUCCUGCUUUAAAAAAAAUAUUUUAUUCCAUUUGUUUUUGUAGAACAGGGUAGUAUUUUCACUUCCUCAAUCAUAGCAAGACACGGCACAUUUACGGCUCGCAGAAUUGGACAGAUUAUGCAGCACAGGGUAAUAAAUUGAUAGAAAUCUGUUGCGUAAAAAGAAGGGAAAAAGAACAAAAACAAAACAAAAACAAAACCACAACAACAAGCUUUGCACGUACAUGUCUUAUAGCAGAGUAUAGAACAUCAAAUGUUGGAUCAUUUGUUUUUCAGUAGCUUCACUGCCAAGAGAUUUGCCAAAUAUUAAUCACCAAAAAAAGAAGCUUUCUGUCUUGUGGUAAGUAACAUGUAAAUGUAAAGUUGUCUUUGUUGCUUCUUGUUCGUGAACAUGUUUUAACAUCAAAUAAAGAAGUUACACACAGACACAAACUUCCUCCCUCUCCUCUCUCCUCCACGUUUUCUCUUCUCUCCAUUCAUGUUCUGUUUUCUUGUCCUACCUUCACUUUCUCUUUCUCACACUGUCCUUGCUUUUCUCAGUUUCCCCUUUUUUUUCCCCCACAGACACUCUCGCUUCCUACAGAUGCACACAGAGAUACAAGCUGUCUGUGUCCAUCUUGAUUAUUAAGUUCCCACUAGCGGCUUUGGCAACGUGAAUAGUAUUAUUAACAUCUGUCCAGGCAAUGGACUCGGAAAAGCUGUUCUCACUUAAAAAUGAGACACCAUCUCUCUGUAUCCAGAGCUCUGACAUAUGCUGAUAUGAACAAAGUCAUAAGGCUAUUUGUACAAGUAGAAUCUCCAGAAGAUUACAGUAUGCAAACAAUGUUAUCCACUAAAGUAAGAAUUGUCAAGAAUUUAAAGAGAAUUUCAAAUUUAGGGGAAAGUAGCCAAGCUGAAAUCACAGCUUUGGAGAUAUUUUUCAGUUUACCUAUAUUGGCCUUAAAUUUAAAAUGUACUUUAUAUUCACUUUUAAUACAUAACAAUUCUUACUUUACUAUGCUUAGAGCAUAUUUUUUAAACAAAAUUUGAGGUAUGGAAAUUUAUUCAUGUAUAUACAAUUUUGUGUAGGGAUAAUCUUUUUAAAGCAAAACUAAUUUGGCUAAAAAUAUGCAGGUUUAGGUAAAUAUUGUUUUUAUGGUUAUCUGCUUAUCUAAAUUAUGUAUAUGUACAGAAUUUUUAGUAUUUAUUGAUUUUAUAUAUAAAUAUUUUUUUAAGUAGAUGUCCCUAAUAUAUAAAUAAAAAUAAUCAAACACCCCACUUUAUUGGCAUUUAUAGAACAUGUUUUGUUUAAGCAAAUUCUAAAAAUAUCAGCAAAAUACAAAUAGUAUAACUAAUAUUAGUGCAUAUUCCACAAACAUUAAACAAUGCUGUCUGACUUAAACUAGUCAUUUGUAUUUAACAAUGAUGCAUUGUAGACUGUAUUUGCCUCCCCCAAUAUCAGGGGGGGGAGGGGGGAGGAAGGGAGCUGUGCAGCUUAAACCCCUGGUUUAUUGCAGGGCUCCAUGUCUCAGCAAAGAAGAGACAUGUUUUGACAAAAAAAAAUCCUCAAUAAUUUAUUGAAAAACAUAAAAGGCUAAAACCUAAAAUAAGGUCCAAUGUGCUUCUUACCUAUAAAGGGACUUCUUCGGGGUCAAAUAAUUUAAAACAUAUUUCAAAGCAAGGACAAUGCCUCCAUAGUUUUAUUAACAGCUUUGUGUUUGUCAAAGGAGAGCAGAAGAAGAAAUCGAUCAUGAUUGAGGUGUUUGUAAUGAGUGACCUGUUGGGAAAGAAAGACUGAUAAAAGUACAACUUUAAUUGAACUUUUACUCAAGUAAAGUACAAAUUAGACAUCAAAAGAAGCUCAUUGCAUCCAAAACCUUUCACAUAAUACGACAAGAUUACAUUUAAGAAAUGGUACACAAUCUUCAAAGACCAUGUGAUGUCAUGAACUCAAUAUGAAAUUCACGAUUGGAUCAUCCUAGACUUGUAUUACUUUUGGUUUCUCUUCUUGUAUGAAAAUAAAAACAUAAAGCAGUAUUGGUAAGCAGACUUUAUUUUGGGCCAAGGUAGAGCAAUGAUUCAGCUCAGCUAUUGAUCCUAUAUAAAGGCUUGAUGAAUGCUCAGUAGUUAAGCCAGAACGUUGCUUGAACUUUGCUUGAGGAUGCCAGCGUUUGUGCUCAGGUUUUCUUUCUAUAUACAGUCAACUGGAAACUUGCCUUAUCUGCGUAGUAGAACCUUAGUAGAGGUGUCACUCAUUUAAAAGUGUGCCUCCUCUUUUGCAUUGUUUGCAUGGUUUAUUUUCUUCUGUGAGAACCUAUACCCACCCCAACUUAUGGGAGGAAUUGGCUCGACUAGGCUUCUUCCAUCAGGUUGAGCAUUAAAACUGCAGCCUGUUUCAUUUGUUCAAACACAAUUUCUACAGAAACAAUCUAAUUUUAAGCUAUGCCUUGUAAGUGUUAAUUUGUAAAUCCCUUUUGUGGGCAAUACAUUCUUAAUUUUGUUAGUAAGAUGUUUUUGUUUUAUUUUAAAUUUAACACAAAAUUAAAAUCUUCUUUGUAGUGGUUUUGCACAGCCUGGCUGAGCCUUGUGGUGUCUGCUACCACCACAGACACAGUUGGUAUGAGAUGAUUGGGCACUGCUUUUUUCACAGUGAAGGAUGUCGCUGUCUGAUGCUACAGACUAGAUGUCAUGCUCCUGAGCAGGUCAGAGAGGAGACAAUUGCAAGGGUUAUUGGUUAAAACUUUGUUGUAUUAGAACAAAUUUACUGAAAAAAAAAAAUAAAUAAAAAAAAUAAAAUAAAGGGCAGUCUGCCACAAACAGGAUACUUUGGGAGAAAAUACAGGGUUUAGGCGAUAUGCUACAAACAAGAUCUUUAGAAAGUAAAUGAAUAAAGUAUUUUGUAUACAAGCAAUCUUGAAGUUAUACCAAGUAGUUAAGGAUUUCCAGGAUACUUUGCAAUGCAGCUAGUUAUAGGUAAAUACCUUUUAGGAUAAAGCAAUACAGGAUCAUGCAGAGUUGCAGAGGUUGAAACAGGUAGGUAUAUUCCAAAAUAAUAUAAUGCAGGUUGCUUACGAGAUCAUGCAGUGGUGCAGCAAUUGAAGCAGUUAAGAUUCUUCAAUGAAGGCAUUACGCCACAAAUCAGGAUUCUUGGAAACUGAUAAGGAAAGUCUUGAUGUAAUUCAGGCAAGUACAGGAUGAAGUAAUGCAGGUUAGUGCCUUUCAGUAUGAGGAAAUGCAGAUGAGGACAGGAUGAGGCACUGCAGGUAAGUUCUCUACAGAAUGAAAUCAUGUAGAUAAAAUACAGGAUAUUACCAGGAACAGAGAUUUUCUAUCAGAGUAUAGACUUCAUUAUCAGAGCAUAGACUUCAAUGUCAAGGCCCUGUUGUGUGCCAGGAGUAGACUUAUCAAGCCUCCUAAUUAGUUAAUCCAGGUGAGGUUAUUAAGGUGAGUAAAUAGAUCAGUGGUUAGGGAGGCCACUAGAGGAGAAAAUCAUGAAGUUCACUUAAAGGGCCAGUAAUAAACGAAAAAGUCUUACAUGUCAGUUUUGAAACCUGACACUAGAUGUAUUGGAAAACUUAGAUUUUGUUAGGGUGGAAAAGGGGACUGAGUGGUUAGUUUCCAAUACUACUUUUCCUUUCAUUUUUGGAUAAAUCACAUUUUUUUUUUUUUACUUAAAAUGCCUCUUUGAUCCCAAUUUUUUAUUAAUGCAUUAAUGCAAGAUAGCAAAAGGAAAAAUAUUCUCUCAAUUCCUAUUUUUAAUCAUAAUCUACAUUUGUCAAUUUAGCAUUGUCAAUUGCAAAAAGGACUGAUUUUAUGUAACCAUUAAGCAAGACAAAAUUGUAGUAAUUUUUGCAUGUAAGCACCAUCAUAGGCAGUAUUAAUCCUGCUGCUCUGGCUGUCCAAAUGACUUUACCAUUAUUAUUUUUUGGUGCUGAAUCAAGGGCAUGAACUAAUUUCUGUUGACCUGAAAUUCCAAAUUUUUCACUCGUCACAAGUCUAUUACGGAUUAUUCACUGAAGUCCAAAUGGCCUUGUUCUGAAUGGGGCAAAACCAUCCAUCUGCAUAAGUUGCCAUUUGGACUGCAAAAUCUUGAUGCUGUUCACAAUUUAGCAAGGUCCUGAUGUUGCAAUUCAGACCAUAAACAUAAUAUAUUAAAUCUGUGCUCUGAGAUUUCAAAUCUGGGUCCUGAUUUAGAAAGAAAUCUGAACUAAUUGCCUGCGGGCAAAUACUUAAAACCCUCAAGGCCCCAAGGUUAAUUAUGUGGUAGCUGCCCAGCACUUGCUUGCCACCUGCAACAUUAAAAAGUCUUAAAAAAUAAUAAUAACUAAACAAAUAAAAAUCAUACUGGGCUCAAAAAGACUGUCCAGUCACUAGAAAAAGACCCAUUUAAUGGGGAAGUAGCCUGGGACAUGACGUGGGGGAAGGACAUAGCUCCCACCCAAUGCCCCCACUGGUGGUCAUUGGGAGGGGGGUAAAAGACCAGAUAAUCAGGGGGAACAUGCUUAUGCCUCUUCCGGCCCGACUCAUGGUCUGCAAGUGGGGAAAUUAUGCCAUUCAUAGAGAUGACCUAGUGCGCCAUUAGCUGUGGGUGGGGGGCCCAUUUAUAAUAGAAAGGCUGUGGAUCAGGUUUCUAAUAUUAAUAGGGGAAGGACCUAAUGUUCCCCCCAGCCCACUCCCAUAACAGGUGGGUCAGGGCCCUGAAUUAAAAAACAAUUAGGGGGAUGACAUGCCAUUGUCACCCCCCGUACUCCCACUUGAAUCCCAAUUACCUAUCCUCUCACCCCCAAUAAUAGGGAGUAGUGGGAAUUAAACUUACUGAGGUCUGAUAGUGGGGAGAGCCUUCCCACACAAUGUGAAAUAUUGCAAAGCAUGGUAAAAUUUCUCAGGUUUUUCAAUAUGAGCAAGGGAGAUCUGAUUGGUUGGCAUGUAAGCCAAACAACCAGAGCUCUCUGACAGACAAGUUUCAAGACUAUAAUUAGGGCCCCCAUCUGCUGCUCAUGGAUGGGAGACCUUAGGGGACACUAGAUCCUCCCCAAUGCAUAGUAUACUAGCCCCCACCUAUUGACCAUGGGUGGGGGCAGGGAAAAACUAUGUCAUCCCUAGUUAUUUCCUAUGGGAUGGGGCCAUUUCUAGAAACUGGGCAGCAUGUACAAUGCACUUUGAUAAACAUGUAAAGUGAGAAUUAACUAAAUUUGAACAUAUAGUUAAAAACUCAAUUGAUAACCCAAAGGGAAAAAAUGCAACAAGUGAGUAAAAUGUAACAUAUAUCAAUGUUAGUUUGAUGACUGCUUCCUGUGUUUUCAUGGAAAAGGUGUAAAAGCAUGGCGUCAGCAGAGAUAAAAGCAAGUGAUGUUGCCAUUAUUUCUCAAUUGACCCAUCAAAUGAACCCAGCAGACGUAACAGAAGGCGUUCAGAAAAAGAAGGCAGCUCUACCACUCACAAAAUUUUUUCAAGGACAACCUGAAGCCCUAGGAGUAAGUACUUUUUAUGUUAAUCUAAACUUAGAAUUGUGUAAAAUAGUAGACUUGGUUCAUGGAUUAUUUAAAUAUUUUGACUAUUAAAUGUAUUAAUUCACCAACAUGCAUGCAAUAUUAAAAAGACUGAGUAAUUGAUUAACACAACUAGUAGCUAACAUUUAGAAUGAUCCAGAUGGUCAAACCCAAUGCACCACCCUCAGUGGUGUUUCCAAUUGAAUUGGAUAUCCUAUAAACCGCAUGGACAACAAUGGAAGGCUUCUGAUUGGUGAAGCAUCUUCCUGGUCUGGGAGAGUCUCUCUGCUGCCUGCUGCUUGCCUGUGGAUUAGAACCAGCUGGGUUAAUUAGAGAAAUUGUUAUGCAUUAACUAAAUAAUUCAUUAAAACUUUGCAACUUCUGACCUAAAGUUACUCUGUAAGCUAAUUGUGUUCUAUAAACGUUGGUUAUCUUUCAAUUGUUAUUCUGUGUAAGCAUUUUUUUUAAAUUCAGAACCAUUAUCAAAUUAUUCCAAUCAUAGUCACUAGAUACCCGUAUUACAUUAUAGUUCACUUUGAAAAUAUGUUGUAGUGACCCACUGUACAAGUGUACAAGCUGUAUAAGUCAUAUGUAUAUAUAUAUAUAUAUAUAUAUAUAUAUAUAUAUAUAUAUAUAUGUAUUAAGGCCUUUUGGCCUGUAAUUGUGGGAGGGGCGUAUGACUCACCUUCUCCCUACUUAAGGGACACCCCUUACCUGGCUCCAUACCGUUCGAGGUCAGCGCUGCAUCGAGAAUCCACUUCCGGUUCACGUACGGCGCCAUCUUGCUUUUCAAAACCCGCGGUUUUCGUUUGGUGUAGCUGUGUCCAGGAAUCCUUACAGGUUUUCCGCCCGUUCAGCCACGCACAUACCCGGUGUUUUCGUCGCAGAUUAAGUCCACAGGACUUCAAAAUCGUAAGUCCGUCGCCCGGAUCAUUUCCCACGGCGUCGCGAUUUAAAACGGCCUUACUUUACGGCCACACGCUUUACGGCCAAGUCACAGGCAUAUUAACCCCUUUGCUGCCGGCAGGCAUAUCGGUUUCGGUUUUUCUUGUAUUAAGCAAACUUGUUCUGCAUAUCAGCAGCUAUAGUUGGUUUCAUGUUAUUACUGUUAUUUAUUUUAUGCAAAUUACGAAAUCCUUGCAUAUGACUGGGGCAAUACCCCUGUUAACUACUUAUAAAUAAGUAUUUAUUUAGGUUAUGGUUCAAUCUUUUAGCAGAUAUGGCAUUAUUAAAGUUUUAUUGAAAUUCUUCAUGUUAUAUACAUAUAUUUAUGGAGUUAAGCUUAGACAAGCUUUUACAUUUUACAGAUAUCUCUUGUAGGAUUUACGUUAUAAAUUAUGUUUAGAAAUUACGUUUCUAUCAUACCAUGUACUCACGUUUCUUACAUGGCACUUAUAUAUUCUGACUUUUUCUUUGUGUACUCAAACGACAUACCAAGUACACAAGAACACGGUCUCAUAAAAUCUCACAAACUUUCGGGUUGAAUCACACGUCUUGAUUCAACCACUCAUACGUCACGUUGUUUCCUAAUUUGGGAUAAUUUCUCAAAUAUUCCUGUACCUCGUACUUACCUCUUUUCAUGGCUUACGUUUACGGCCUAACAUAUACGGUAUUGUUUUAAAUCCUGCACCUUAUUAUACUACAAACACUAGCAUUACUAUAUCAUACACAUUAAUCUUGUCACCAUAAGAGACAUAUCAUACACACCCCCAAGCAUGAUUACCAUACCACAUACAGGGCCAGUCGGGCCAAUAUCAUUCAUGUAUUCCCCUUCCAUAUGUACUACUAGAACUCAUCACAACUAACUAGUCUAAAUUGGUAUCAUAGGAUCCAAUUCUCACACUAUCAUAUUUGGUUUUUCUAUCCCUUUAGGUUUUUCCAGUUUUCUCUACCUAUCGCUUAUCAAACGCAUACAUACUACCAGGUACGUUAAGCCUGCUCACGCCAUACAUCACAUAUGGCUCCUCCUCUACUUAGGACAUAGAGUACUGGCAAUUUUAGGGGUUAUAGGCCCAAAUAGGUAUCCCCCCUCCGGGCAUUCUGCCUAUCGUUUAGUGGUCCGCGAGGCCAACACCCCGCCUCAACGUUUCGGAGGUAAUGCCCCCCGGGCCACACGUGAGUUAGCCGCCUCGCAUUAUAGAGAGGGUGCCACCUGUCACUCCCUUCCCCUGUUUUCUUGUAUUGUCACCGAGAGGCCUACGAAUUCCUGCCACUACGUCGGGUGGCCUCAAUAACCCCUCGCGCCAACGCAUAGAUAGAGCCUCUCAUAGCCACUUGGCAACUAGCAGGGCCUCACCUGUCACCAAAGAACAAGUUUAAUUUUUUCGCCUCAUCCGGCAUAAUUAGCCUGCCAGUACAUCCCCUCGGGGGUUUUUUACGCUAACCAUAUACUUUGUAAUCUAGUAUGUCUCAAGAAGGGAUAGAGGAUUUCUCCAUCCCAAGGACUCCGGCUAGAACAAACAUCCCAUCACAGGAGGAAGAUACGGCUAGUCCAGCAUCUUUCAGAUCAUGGACUAUCCCUCGUAUCACUAGCGAACUCAGGAGACGACAAAUCCCUUUUCCAGCAACAGCAAGGAAAGCGGAACUUUACAAAUUAUUACACACCUCAACCGAUAACAUGGACGCUGGGGAAGGGUCGAGCCAGUCCCACCCAGGAAACAUACAUGACAUGCUCACGUCCCUCAUGACAUCCAUGAGCAAGGUCAAUUCUAGGCUGGAGAAACUUGAAUCGGUCACUACAGCCCUCACUAUGGCUGGACCGGCCACGGCAAUUCCCCCAUCAGUGGUGGAGUCGCAAUCAGUUUCUCCAGCUAUCACCUCGGAUGACCAAGAAGUUUACCCUGCCCACAUGAUUCCUGAGCACCUCAGGAGAGAUAUCCUGGAAGGUAAAGAUGUCAAUCUGGCCUCACUACUAAUUGCCUCCCAGGAUAUAGUGGAACAUAAGACCUACGCUUAUGACGAUAUUUCUGUGGUGGUCAAAUCCAGGGAUGCACGAUUAAAUAGGAAGCUAACCAUUCCAGAAUUUGUAUUAGCUUUUGGCAUUUAUCGGGAUGUGGUCUGUACGGUAUAUCCCCACAGACGUGAGGAGUUUGACUUAUAUAUGCACAGGCUGGUUGAUCUGGGCAACAAAUAUGGUGGGUCAGCUUUCUAUGACUACCAUAGAUCCUUUUCUGCCAAAGUGUCUGGCGCCUUCUCACAGUACGGGACAAGGUCCAACUGGAGUAAGAUUGAUACGAUCAUAUUUUGCAGGCACUUUGCAGGUCUAAGAGCACCGGCCUGUGCACACUGCUCCUCCAUGGCUCAUACUGCCAAUUUUUGUCCGACCACUGCGAACGAACCUACCACCUCGCAGGGCACUAGCUCCGCUGUGUCAGCAGAGAGAACACCCAAAGACAAACUGGGUCGACCUAUCAAGUUUUUGGGGAAGUCCCAAAUAUGUAAUAAUUUCAAUGUCGGUGCAUGUAAUUACAGCGGUUGUCGGUUAUUGCAUAUAUGUUCAAAAUGUUUUAGGGCACAUGCGAAAACCAUGUGUCCAAAUAAAAUGUACCCUAAGCAAUACUUAACUGAGAUAAAUAUUUCUGUACUCACGGCAUUACUGUCACGACAUCCAUCUAGACAUUUGGUAGACUUCAUCAUCACUGGUCUAUCACAAGGAUUCCAUACUGGUCUCAUACACAUGCCUUCAGGAAUCCUUGAAUGUCCUAAUUUACAAUCUGCACAACAAAACCCUACAGCGGUUAGCACACUCAUAGCCAAAGAAGUGGCAGAGGGCUUCCUAUUGGGACCCUUUCAGUCCCCUCCUUUUUCCACAUGGCGGACAAACCCCAUCGGUAUUGUCACAGGGAAAUCUUCCCACAAACAAAGACUUAUCAUCGAUCUGUCUGCACCUCACACCUCUGCCUCACCUAGUCUGAACUCCCUUAUCCCCUCUGAGGAAUUUUCACUUCAAUACUCCACCAUAGAUCACGCCAUUACAGCUAUCAUGCAGGCAGGGGUCGGAGCAUGGCUCAGCAAGACUGACAUUACAAAUGCCUUCAAAUUAUUGCCUAUCCACCCUACACUAUGGCACCUGCAUGGCAUUAAGUGGGCCGGGCACUACUACUUUUUCUCACGCCUAACGUUUGGUUCAAAAAGUAGUCCGGCCAUUUUCGACGUAUUCGCCGAAACAUUAUGCUGGUUAUUAUUAAAUGUAGCCAGAUGCCCUACAGUUAUACACUACCUGGAUGAUUUCUUACUGAUCGAAGAGAACACUUCCCCUCCCAGUAGCCUCAUAGAAACCAUCAGUCUUUUUAAACAGGUGGGUGUUCCAGUCUCCCCCACCAAAACUGAAGGACCAGAUACAGUCAUCACCUUUCUGGGAAUCAUGCUAGACUCAGCCACCAUGCAAGCCAGCCUGCCACGCACCAAGAUAGAGAACAUUCUCACCAACAUUAACCUCUACAUACACCUCGGUACUUGCAAUCGCAAAGAAUUGCAGUCUCUACUUGGGUCACUGAACUUUGCCAUGCGCAUUAUACCUCAAGGCCGGGCUUUCAUCUCACGGCUCCUAACCAUGUUCCCACUGUUUAGACAUGAUGCACACAGGUUACCACUGGAUACCCAAGCCACGGCAGACCUACUUAUGUGGAGAAACUUUUUGACCACCUGGAAUGGGAAAAGCAUGUUUCUCCCUAAAUUGUCUGACUCCUCACCUACCAUCUGGUCAGACGCGGCGGCUACCACAGGUUUUGCAGCAAUUUACGGGAAUGAAUGGCUUUGGGGUAGCUGGCCUCCAGAGGUACAGGACCUGGAAGGGUUUUCCACUACCUCAGCUCUAUUUGAGAUGUAUCCCAUUGUGGCAGCUGCCGUGACAUGGGGGCAUCUAUGGGCAGGUUCGUCAGUACGUUGCCACUCAGACAACCAAGCUACCUGCCACAUCAUAAACAAAGGCCGAUCCAAGUCACUGACCAUUAUGAGGUUCUUGAGGAAACUCACCUGGCUGGCUGCAUGCCAUAAUUUCUUCUUGUUUUGUGUCCAUGUCCCAGGUGUUUGUAACACGGCUGCUGACAAUUUGUCUCGUUUCAAUUUUCAGGCUUUUCGGCAAAUACUUCCGUCAGCCGCACGUACAGCCACGACCACUCCACCUUUCCACCAGCUAGUCAUGGACUAGAAGCUAUUAUGCAACAUAGCAGGACAUUGGCACAAUUAGCACUGUCCACCAAUACCCGGAGAACAUAUGACAGGGCUUUCCUUCUACUUAAAAGAUUCCUGUCACUGCACAACGUCACACAACCUUUCAUCAUGACAUCUUUGUUAGGUUUUGCUUCUUUUUGCCACCUCAAACUUAAAUUAUCUUACAACACAUCAAGCUAUAUCUGACAGGCAUACAACAUCACAUGCUAACAUUACAACCAAACAACACAAGUUUCAUGUCCUCCUACCAGAUAAAAAACAUCCUUAGAGGUAUCCAGAGAUCCGAACCCCCACGUACCGCGCAAAGGCUACCUAUAGACUUCAAUAUCUUCAAGGAUUUAUCCAGCCUACUAGAUUCAAAACCCUUUGCGAACAACACAAACCUUGUUAUAAAACCGCCAUAUACGUAGCUUUUUAUGGUUUCUUGAGACCAAGAGAAUUUACCGCCAUCAACACAUCCCAGUCCACUCACAUUCUGCUUCAUUCACACUUAACGAAACACAUGGAUUACUAUAUUUUAGCUCUGCAUCACUCCAAAACCAAUCAACACGCACCCCCGGUAGAGGUUAGAUACUAUCCUACCCACAACGUGUGGUGCCCCGUCACAUUACUGGACACCUAUACUCAGCAUUUCAAAGCAUCACCAUCUCAACCACUUUUCUGUCUACAAGGUUCGGUACUCACUACCACCACCUUCAUGACCCACGUCAGGUCCCUACUUACACAACUAGGCCUAAAAUCAGCUAACUAUUCGGGCCACUCCUUCCGCAUAGGGGCGGCCUCCACAGCGUCCAGUGCAAACAUUCCAGUACAUGUUAUCAAGUCACUAGGGCGCUGGAAGUCUUCUGCAUACUCUAGAUACAUACCUAACCCGGUACAAGAAGUUAGAAAUGCCUUUCAAGAUAUGUCUGGUUGAAGUAUGUAUACUGCUCGUUUCGUAAUAAAGUAUAUUUUCUACUUUUUGCCCUCUUUAUUUGCAGGCCUACCUCAUCGUCGGUUCCGGCACACCACAACCGACUUGCUCUUUCACACUAUCCCACACUUAUCAGUGUUUGUAUCUUCUGUACUAUAAUGAGCCCUUAACACAAGUAUUAAGGCCUUUUGGCCUGUAAUUGUGGGAGGGGCGUAUGACUCACCUUCUCCCUACUUAAGGGACACCCCUUACCUGGCUCCAUACCGUUCGAGGUCAGCGCUGCAUCACCCUCCCACCCACUCCUCUUUUAUUAACUCCUUUUUCUCAUACAUUUCUUAUUGGUGGGCCCUCUUUAUUUGCAGGCCUACCUCAUCGUCGGUUCCGGCACACCACAACCGACUUGCUCUUUCACACUAUCCCACACUUAUCAGUGUUUGUAUCUUCUGUACUAUCAUGAGCCCUUAACACAAAUAUAUAUAUAUAUAUAUAUAUUGUAUCUGAUCACCAUCUCUUGCCAAUUUACAUAAAAGUAGAAAAUAAAUUCAAACAUAUCUGCGACCCCUACUUGAUGUAAAUACACUUACUGCAAAAUGAUGCAAAUUGUGUCAUCUUUUACUGACACACACCCAGAUGUGGGUUUCAGUCUGUCUUUUAUAUUUAUAUGUACCAAUCAAACUUGUUACUCUGGUGGCCAAUUCAUCCAAGAGUUGGAUAUUCACAGAGCACUACUGAAGGGCUCUUGCAUGUGAAAUUGCCUUAAAGGAAAAUUCCAAGCCCACGGUAGUGGUUAUGGUGCCAGAAGUGCCUUUUCACCCUCUCAUGGUAAGUAGUCAUACCAUUGGCCUAAACCAGUAAUUAUCCAAAAGUUCCUGUAUUAAGGUCCAGCUAAUUGGCUCAGAGUGUCACCAUAGCACUCAUAGCCAUUGAGUGGAUCCCUUUACAACCAGACUUAACUUAGUGCAUCUUGAGAGGAGGUGGCAGUGAGAGCCUAGCAGACUCCAGGUAAGUGGGACAUUGAGGUAGCUUGUCAAAAAUGGUAAGUAAGGUGUCCCUUAAAGUGGGUAUAAAUAGCAAAAAUUAACAUAGUUUUAUGCUUUCGACGGGAAUUGAUAGUAGAUGCACUGAGGAACACAGCAGGCUGGCCAUGUACACUUAGCAGAUAAUUUCUUUAAUUAUAUUGCUUUUUGAUAUGGUUUAAUAUGCUUUGACAUGCACUUAAAGGAACACUAUAGUGUCAGGAAUACAAGCGUGUAUUCCUGACACUAUAGUUCUAAAUAACAUUUUGGUCCCCUGCCCUCCCCCCAACCUAAAAAAAGUGAUUUUACUUAUUUUGUUUUCAGUGCAGCGCAGAUCUGUUGUGGCAGGCUCCACCCACUCCCCACCCUCUUGGCUGAAAUCAUUAAACUUGAUGGACAAGGGGGGGGGGGGGAAUAGUGAAAGAAUCUUAAGGGCUGGACAAGCAGGGCAUGAACCCUGGUAAGUAAUUGAGAAAAAGAGGACAAGCUCUAAUCCUAGAAUAUGAAUGGUUACAUAUUUAAAAUGUAACUUUUAAUGUAGUAAAUAAUAAAGAAAAUAUAUAUAUAUAUAUAUAUAUAUAUAUAUAUAUAUACAAAAAAAAAACAACAUAUAUAUUGUAUGGCCACUAGAUGGAGACAAAUUAUGACCAUGCCAGGAGAUAUAGACAGUCAGAAAAAAGAGAGAUACUUGGUCAUCUAUUAACAACAUAUACAGUGUUACAAAAAAAGAAAACGUGAAGAGUCAAACUAUAUACAUACAUAAUAUAUAUAUUUACUAAGGUUUACUCUGGGAUGUGUUGAGGGGGAUAGUAGCAAACUGAACUGUAUGACACCAAUAAUAGAAGAUAGUAAUCUAGUGCAGAAUCAGAGCGAUAUGUAGCAAGCAUCAUCAGAAUGCUUUACUAUGCCAGGGGGAACCCUUGGCAAGUAUAAAUAAAGUAACAGUGCAGCGGCUACUAGAAGUUGUGAGGAGUUAAGUCCUAAAGAGGACUGUUGGUAAAGAGUAAGCAAGUAAAGCCUUGAUAAAGGUGGAUAACGCCAAAACGUUGGGGGCUAUUUUUUGUAUUUUGACGUCUGUACCCUCUUUUCAUAUUUCCUGUUUUCUUUGGUAUGUAUCUUUUUGUUUAUCAGUAUAUACAGGUAUCAUAAUACUGUCUUUCUGGAUAAGUGGCUACACCACUUCUAUUGGAUCAUUUUGAUUAUAAUCAUUUUUUUCUAUUUUGCUUUACUUGCAGUCAUUGUUAGCAUAUUGGACAGAGAUGUUUCUACAUUUCUAAUUCUUUGAUAUCUAUGUUGAUACCUGUUAUACAUGUGUUUUUUUGUGUAAUAAAUCUUUUUUGCAUUUUAUUUGGUUGUGCUCCUCCUUGUAGUGUUGUACAAUACUAAUCUGUGCCUUCAUGGGUACCUAUGCUAGAAUCUGCAGACUAGGUCUAACUGUCACUUGUGCGUAAUGCCAAUCAAAAUCACCAUAACAAAGUAAAUGAUAAUGUCAAAAAGGCGGGAAGGUAAUUCUGCUAGAAGGAUUUACUAACCUGUGCCUUAAAGGGCAUCUGUGUAGGGAAAAAGGUAAAUCUAGCUAUCUAUGCAGAGCAGAAUGCCUUGGAAGAUCAAUACACCUGGGUCUGACCGCUGCUGAAGAAUACAGUGCACAGAAAUCUACUGAGAUACAUGUACCUCAUGGAGAAAAGCCGCCCAACUGGCAAAACGCACAUCGGGGCUCCACCAUUCACCCAUGGUCAGUCUCCAGAUUUUUUACUGACAGUUUGAUGUAACCGGCAUGCAAGCAGUACAUGUAUCUCAGUAAACUUCCUUGCACUGCAUUCUUCAGCACUGGUCCGUCGAGUGUCAAGGUCACAGUCCUGGAUGAAACACAGAGCAUCACAAGUACAUCACGAAGAUGGCCCCCAAAGAUGAACUGCUAAGGGAAUGCCUGAGACUUCCACAGAUCAAGGAUGCAGAAAAAGAGGAGGUUCCUUGGCAAAACAAACCUCUCCAUGGGGUGUACCACUGUCAGAUAGAAGAUGUGGGUCACAUGACAAAAUCCUACCAAUGGUUAGAAAAGGCAGGACUAAAGACAGCACUGAGGCACUAAUCCUAGCAGCACAGUAGCAGGCACUCAGCACCAGAUCAAUAGAAGCUGAAGUCUACCACACCAGGCAAUGUGCAGACUGUGCAAAGAGGCCUCUGAGACAGUCCAGCACCUAGUAGCCGGAUGUAAGAUGUUAGCAGGAACAGCAUACACGGAGAGACACAACCAAGUUGCUGGGAUUGUGUACCGAAACAUCUGCACAGAAUAUGGAUUGGAUCUGCCUAAGUCUAGAUGGGAGAUACCACAAAGGGUAGUUGAGAAUGACAGGGCUAAGAUUCUGUGGGACCUCAAGAUCCAGACAGACAAGCAAGUGCGUAGCCAACCAACCAGACAUUGUGCUGGUAGGCAAGAAAUGAAAGACUGCAGUCAUGGAGAAUGUGGCAAUACCCAGUGACUAUAACAUCAGGAAGAAGGAAUAUGAGAAGGUGGACCAAUGACUGAAAGAAGAACUAGAAAGGAUGUGGAAAGUGAAGGCAGUAUUAGUCCCAGUUGUGAUAGGAGCCCUCGGGGCUGUGACUCCCAAGUUGGGGAACUGGCUUCAACAGAUUCCAGGUGGGACAUCUGAGAUUGCUGUCCAGAAGAGUGCAGUUUUAGGAACAGCUAAGAUACUACGCAGAACCCUCAAACUCCCAGGCCUCUGGGAACCGAAAAUUAGGAAUAAACAUACCACCCAGGAGGGGUGAGAAAAUAAUUUAUUAUUUAUUAUUUAUUAUUAUAUACACCCUGUUCCAAAUAUUUUGUUUUUCAGUUUAACUCAUGGAUGGCAUUGUGUCUCAGGGUUCUUUUGAUCACUGAAAACAAUCUCGGACACCUGUGAUAAUUAGAUUGCCAGGUGAGCCCAAUUUAAGGAAAUACUACUAAAGUAGGGUGUUCCACAUUAUUAAGCAGAGCACCAUUUUCAUGCAAUAUGGGGAAGAAAAAGGAUCUCUCUGCUGCCAAAAAGAGUGAAAUAGUUAAAUGCCUUGGACGAGGUAUGAAAACAUUAGAUAUUUCAUGAAAACUUAAGCGUGAUCAUCGCACUAUUAAGAGAUUUGUGGCUGAUUCAGAGCACAGACAGGUUCGUGCAGAUAAAGGCACAUUGAAGAAGAUUUCUGCCAGAUCCAUGCAUCAGAUCAAGAGAGCAGUUGCUAAAAUAACAUUACAUAGCAGCAAACAGAUAUUUGAAGCUGCUGGUGCCUCUGGAGUCAAACGAACAUCAAGGUGUAGAGUCCUCCAGAGUCUUGCAACUCUGCAAAAACCUUCUAUUCAGCAACCAAUAACCAAUGCUCACAAGCAGAAAUGGAUGCAUUGAGCAGAAAAAUACAUGAAGACUAAUUUUCAAACAGUCCUGUUCACUGAUGAGUGCCGUGCAACCUUGGAUGGUCCAGAUGGAUGUAGUAGUUGAUGGUUGGUGGACAGCCACCCUGUUCCAACAAGGCUGCGACGUCAGCAAGGCGGUGGUGGAGUCAUGUUUUGGGCCGGAAUCAUGGGAAGAGAGCUGAUCGGCCCCUUUAGGGUCCCCAAAGAUGUAAAGAUGACCUCUGCAAAGUAUGUGGAGUUUCUGACUGACCACUUUCUUCCCUGAUACAGAAGGAAGAACUAUGCUUUUCGUAAUAAAAUCAUCUUCAUGCAUGACAAUGCACCAUCUCAUGCUGCAAAGAAUACCUCUGCAUCAAAGGCUGCUAUGGGGAUAAAAGGAGAGAAAGUCUUGGUGUGGCUUCCAUCCUCCCCUGACCUCAAUCCUGUAGAGAACCUUUGGAGCAUCCUCAAGCAAAAGCUCUAUGAGGGUGGGAGGCAGUUUACAUCCAAACAGCAGCUCUGAGAGGCUAUUCUGACAUCCUGCAAACAAAUUAAAGCAGAAACUGUCCAAAAACUCACAAGUUCAAUGGAUGCAAGACGUGUGAAGCUGACAUCAAAUAAGGGGUCCUAUGUGACGUGACCUGUUAAAAUGUUUAAAAAGUUAAAAUGUUGUUAUAAGUUUUAUUGAAAUAGCUUUUGAUUUCAGUAAAUAUGCUGCAAACACAACAAAUUACAAUUUUCAGUUCUUUACAACCUAUAAAGUGUUUUGAAACGUACUGCGCGUAAUAAUUUGGAACAGUGCAUUGUAAGUUUUUGAUGUUAAAAAACAAAUACUGUUAUCAUUAGGUGCAAAAGAAUAAUAAGCGCUCUCUUCUCAGGGGUGAGCAGCAGUUCACCAACAUUAGGGUUGUUCAAUAAAAUCUGAAUUGUACUCUUAAUAGUUGAUAACAUGAGAAUUAUGCUGACUGUUAUUUACAUCAAUUAUUUAGGUAAAUGAGAAAAAUAUAAUUUGCAUAAUAAUUUGGAACAGGGUGUAUAUAUAUAUUUACUUACAUAUAUAUAUAUAUAUACUCUUAAUUAUUUACUACAUUAAGAGUUACGUUUUAAAUAUCUAACCAUUCAUACCCUAGGGUUAAGAGCUUGUCCUCUUCUUCUCAUUAAACUUGAUCUCAACCAAUCCAAUGCUUUCCCAUAGGAAAGCAUUAGGAGGCUAUCACACAUGUGCAGCAAAACGCUGCGCUGCACCAAUCAGCAUCUCCUCAUAAAGAUGCAUUGAAUCAAUGCAUCUCUAUGGGGAGUGCUCGGCAUCUUCACGAUCUCCACGCUGUGCAGUAGUGACUCAGGAAGCAACCUCUAGUUGCCAUUUGAGUGACUGCCACAAGAGUUAUCCCUAAGCAUUAAUGUAAACAUUGUCUUUUCUCUGAAAAGGCAGUGUUUACAUUAGAAAGCCUGCAGGGACUGGCCAUAGUCACCAUAACAACUACAUUAAGCUGUAGUUGUUCUAUUAACUAUAGCACCCCUGUCACUACGCACUGACAGCAGCAUGAUUAAUUUUAGUGAGAAGCAGCAGUAUAAAGUAGUGACAAGACUGCAUCUAGCCCAUACUUGGUUCCUGUAGUGAUGGUGAAAACACCAAUUUCCAACUAAAGAUAAUGAAUAAAAAAAAUGAGUCAAUCAUAUAUUGUUAAAAAAAAAAAAUGUAUCCUCAAAGGCUAGGAAAACAGGGAGACUUACAGUUGUAAUUAAAAUUAUUAAAAUCAGGUUUAUUGUCAAAAUGUACAGAGUUUCAGCAGUGAACAAAUCAAACAAAACUAACUGAAAUAGCUCAACACAUUGAAUGCUUCAAUUGGUUUACCCAAAUGCAACGUAUAAUGACUUCUCCAGUCUCAAAAUUAUUCAACUCCCUGAAUAGAAUCCCUUACAACAGCACAAAUAUGCAAAAAAGGUGUUGUAUCAAGCACACCUGAUGCAACUCACCAAGGACUUCAUUAGUUGCAGAUAGCUUGAAAUACCUGAACUGGCUAGAGAUUUGUUGAGUGUCAUGUUUGGCUGCAUGUUAGAAAUGUGGCUAAGUCAUAAGAAUGGUCCACAAAGUUAAUAGAAGAGAUCAUCGCCCAGCACAAACAAGGAACAGGAUACAAAAAGAUAGCGAAGGCACUCCGGGCUGCGAAAUUUUGGGGCCCCUAACACAGUUCAAGGUCUAAGCCCCAGUUGCCUGACCUUGAGUCCACUCACACGGACUGCCCUGAGUCCGCGUUGGAUGCAGUGUGUGUGUGUAGUGAAUGUAGUGUGUGUAUAGUAAAUGCAGAGUGUGUGUUUGUAUAAUGACUGCAGAGUCUGUGUUUUUGUAGUGGAUGUAGUGUUUGCAUAGGAACUGCAGAGUGUGUAUAGUGAAUGUAGUAAAUGCAGAGUGUGUGUAGUGUUUUUGUAGUGAAUGCAGCGUGUGUAGUGAAUGUAGUGUGUGUAGUGAGUGCAGAGUGUGUAUAGUGAAUGUAGUGUGAGUGUAGUGAAUGCAGAGUGUGUAUACUGAAUGUAGUACUUUUGUAGUGAAUGCAGAGUCUGUAUAUUGAAUGUAGUGUGUGUAGUGAGCGCAGAGUGUGCAUAGUGACUGUAGUGUGUUUGUAGUGAAUGCAGAGUGUGUAGUGUAGUAAAGUUUUUUUCUACAGAAUUAUACGUACAUACAACUGUAGUGAGGAGGGCUGGUUGAAGACCUCAGAAUAAAAAUCAGACAAUAAUAGUGUAAUGCAAUUUUGGCAAGGUGAAAAAUAUUAAAUUAAUAGUUGUAGGAGAACCACUCACAUUUAGAAGAGCUAUAUAAGAGCUCUGCUUUGUAGCGCAUGGACGGUAUAAUCCCCGUCUAAGGAUCUAAGAUGGUGUAGAUGAUGCUGGUCCUCCAGAUGCAAGUGCAUGUGUAGAUGGUAUAUGUAAAAAUAAAGAGCAGAGAGAAACUCUGAUAGUGUGGUAUGUAUUGUGAGUUAAAAUAUAAAGAACUAAUUUACUUACAAUCUUCAGAGCAAAGGCCUGCUCUAGUUAUCCCAGCAUGGGUGGUAUUAUCCCCACCUAGGGAUGUAGUAGAACCAGGUAGCAGUCAGGAUACAGAACAGGAUACCAAAAAAUUUAUUUUAUAAAAAAAUAACUAUUUAUUGUAAAAAGCAUAAAAAGUACACUAAUAAAAUAAUAAUAAGGUACAAAGUCCUCAAACAAGUCCCACUUGACGCGUUUCGCCUCUCCAGAGGCUUUAUCAAAAGUGUGGAACAGUCCUGCAGGUAUCUAAUAUAUAUAAGUGUCCAACUUGAUUGAAGAUCGCUACCAAGUGAUGCAGCGAGGUGAAGGGUGAGUAUAAUCGGCGCGUCCAUGUGUUCCACUAUGGACCGCACAUGUCAUACCCGGAAAUGAUGCGGCUUAAUCCAAUCCUUGGUGGUCAUGUGUAAUUUGCUCGAACGCAAGCAACGUCAAUAGAGGCGUACGUUGCGUUCCAAGCACAAAAACUUGGCGGAAAACAAUCAGUAAAUCUAACAAUGAGACUAAUACAUAUGCAUAAUUUAGUGACUAUAUUAGUCAAGUGUGGCAAAUAUAUUAACAUAUUGUAUAUAGAUGCUUAUUAUUAGUUGUAAGGAAUAAACAGCCAUGUCUUAAAUGAAAACAUCAAAAAAAUUGUGUCAGCAACAAUGAUAGGUGAUCUUUAGUGUAUAAUAAUUUGAUAUGGGAUUAAAUAAAAUGAAUGGACAUAGUAGCCAUUUUUUUGGAUCUAAUACAAUGUGGAGACCAGAACACCAAUAUUGUGGAAGAAGUUGAUCUUGAGUCUGGCGCCUUAGACCGCUCGGCCAUCCUGACACUGUGCAGAGUGUGUAUAGUUAAUGUAGUGUGUUUGUAGUGAAUGUAAAGUGUGUAUAGUGCAUUUAGUGUGUGUGUGUGUGUGUGUAGUGAGUGCAGAGUGUGUGCUUGUAAGGAUGCAGUGUGUUUGUAAAAUAGUAGGGAAAGCAUUUUUUUACAUUAAUUUGUGUAUAUUUCUAUUUUAUUCUCCCCUCCAUGCUUCUUACCUGGCCAGAGAUGGGGAGAUCGCAUUCCCUGGUGAUCCAGUGGCAUGGUGUAGGGAGCCACUGUACAUUGCAGAGGGUAAUCCAGCAGCACACUCUGUGUUCACUUUCCAGUGCCACUCAGACUAACUCUCGCAAGACCGGCCUGCGUGCUGUGCAGAGCGUUGCCAUGGUAACCCAUGGCAAUGCUCUGACGGCUGCUGGGCUUAGGAAAGUUAGACAGAGAGAAGCUGGAAAGAGAAGACAGAGUGUGCUGCAGGGCCACCCUCUGCAGUUACACGUAUCAGGGGGCCCGCAAUACACAUAUAUAUAGCGAGAAUCGCUAUAUAUACAGUAUGUGCACAUAAGGAAUAUGGGGUUUGGACUGCCAGAGUAGUUCCGGGCCCCCUAAAGGCACAGAAUGUUCCUAGAAACACUGUUGGAAGCAUAAUUUGCAAGUUUAAAGUUAAAGGAACAGUGGUUACACUACCUGGAAGUGCAGAAAAAGGAAGCAAUCAAUGGCGGCAACCAGAUUUCUGUGAAGGCAGGUUGCGAAAAACCAUUGAGUGACUGCAAAAGACCUGCAGCAAGACUUAGUGGCAACAGACCCUGAGGUUUCAGUGAUCACAGUAAGGCGCUUACUAAACGUAGAAGGUUUUCAUGCCAGAACUCCAAGACGUAUACACCUACUAACUCAAAAGCACAAGAAAAGUCAGCUCUAAUAUCUGGAAGAAGAAGAUUGAAGCAUAUGCUGAAAAAAAGAUUUUGCCUACAGUUAAGCAUGGUGGUUACUCGGUGAUGCUCUGGGGCUACUUUGCAUCCUGUGGUACUGAUAACCUGCAGCGUGUGGAAGGCAAGAUAUCCAUCCUUAAAGUAUGAGGAAAUCCUAGGAGAAAGCAUCUUGCACUCUGUGAGGAGGAUGAAGCUUGGGCAUCAUUGGACCUUCCAACAAGACAAUUCCAACAAGGCAAAUUCAACCAAGGCUUUGUUGCAGAAGAAGUCUUGGACAAUUCUACAGUGGCCAUCACUGUCACCUGACUUGAACCAUAGAAAGUCUCUGGUGGGAUUUGAAGAAGUGGUUGCAGCACACAAAACAAAGAAUAUUACUGAACUAGAGGCGAUUACUGGUGAGCAAUGGGGUAAGAUUCCUCAGGAAUGCUGUCAGAUGUUGGUGUCUGACUAUGCAUCUUGUUUGCAGCAGGUCAUAACAGCAAAAGGGUGAUCUACUAAGUACUAAAGAUGCUCGCCAUGAAGGGGUGGAAUAAUUCUGAGACUGGAGAAGUCAUUAUAAGUUGCAUUUUAAGUAGAAUUUGGGGAAACCCCUUGAAGCAUUAGUUGUGUUGAGCUGUUUUAGUUGGUUUUGUUUGAUUUGUUCAAUGCAAACUGCUGAAAGUCUGUACAUGUUGACGAUAAACCUGAUUUUCUUUGGGAGUUAAAUAAUUUUUAUUACAAAUUGUAUAAGCAAGAUUCUGAUGCAUUUUGUGCACAAGACUCCAUGUCAAACUUUUAAUUUGUUAGAUUAUAUGUAAAAUUUUAACUUUAUGUUUGAAAAUAUGUGUAUAUUUUAUAUCUGAUUUAACAUGUUUCAAUAGGUCAUUCAGAUAUUUGCAGGAUCACUUCACAUAGGUUUGGGAGUUGGCCUCAGUAUUGAGAGAGUCCAUUUUAAUAUAUUACACGAUUCCAAACUUGCAUUGUGGACCGGGUUGUUGGUAAGGAAAACUAUCAAUUUCACAGUAAUUGUGCAUGAUAAUUGCAAUGCUACAAGCUUAUUUGUACCAGAAGCAUUGAAACAAAAUGAAAACAAAAAAAGUAACUAUGAUAAUGGUAUAUAAAUAAUGCUUGUGGAUAUGUAAAAAUGUAAGCAGUGACAGUGGCGGAACUAAUGAAGAGAGGGCCUUGGUGCAAGAAAUGUUUUUGGGCCCAUCUAUAGAAAAAUGGUUGCCAAAAGGUAGUUAUUGUAUCACUCCUGCGAUGCUUUGCUUGCUGGGGAACUAUCAUUUGUCCAUGCUUUUAGGGUUGUAUUGAUGUGCAGUGUCUAAGUGCUUGAAUUUAAUAUUUUUCUAUGGAGCAUGUGUGCGUGAAUGGAGGGGGGAAUUUGUGUGUAGUGGUAACUGUGACAAAUGCUCCUUCCCACGUACAUUUGCCAUGGACUCCUGGAAGAGUGUGGAAGCCAGCCUCCUGCCCACAGACUAUGGUCCAGGUCUGGGACACCAUUUGGGAGUUACUCUGCCCAGCUGCCAUUAACAGCUUUCCCUGGGUGCUUCUGGUUAGGCACUUACCCUUCAUGUGAAUGGAACCGAACGCUGGCUCUGGCGGCUGUUCACAUGAACCAAACCCAGGAAUAGUCCCAGCGGUACUUAGCUGAGACUCCUACGGAACUAAAGGGAGUCCAAUGGGAGUAACAUAGGCUGAAAAACGAUUUGCAUCCAUCAAGUCCACCCUUUCUUUCAUCUGUUUUUACUGUUGAUUCAAAGAAAGCAAAAACCAGUUUAAAGCUCUUUUUGCUAUAAACUAGUUAAAAUCCAUUCUCCAUUACAGAAUGGCAGUCAGAUCUCUGUUUGGAUCAAGAAGCUGUUACACCAACUAUUUAAAAUAUCUCGGAAUAUUAUGUUUUUGAAAUAAUUAAUCCUGUUGCCGUUUAAAAAUGUGUACAGUCUCUCAUAACAUCAUCUAUUUAGCAAAAGAUUUCCACAUCUUUAUUGUUCUUACUAUAAAGAACCCUUUUAUUUGCCUUCAACUAAAUCUUCUUUCUUCCAGUGAAAAUGGAUGACCUCAUGUCCUAUGUAUAGUUCUAGUUAUGAUCACAUUUCCAUACGAUGCUUUGUAUUGGCACUGAAUAUAUUUGUAUAAUGUUAUAUCCCCUCUGAGAUAUUGCUUUUAUAAAUUACAUAUUUAAUUUUUUUUCACCUUUCCUCAUGACUAAAAUAUUCCAUUCCAUUCCACUUGUUAAUUUUGCAGCCUUUCUGGGGUUGAGAAAGUGCCUCAAGCUGAGUUUCUACCUUAAUUUGUAUUAACAGUAGAAACAGAUGUGAGAAAUUCUUAGCUUGAUGGCUGCAAUUUUUCAGCCUAUGUAAUUAUGUGACCCGUCUGAGCCUGUCCGUCUGGAUCAGUCAGUGCCUGUGUAUGCCUGUUUAUGUGUAUGUCUCUGCAUGCUUAUGUAUCUGCUGUGUUUGCCUGUGUUUGUGUACCUGUAUGAGGGUCUGUAAAAAAUAGUUAGUGGGCCAAGAGGAAUGUUAAGGGGUGGGGUUGUAGAGGGACAAAGGGUGGAGCUUUAGGAAUGGUGUCACCAAAUAAUUUUUGGGCUGAAACCCCAGUUUUUUGUUUUUUUUAUUAAACCUAGCAAUGCCCAUAGCCAUAAGAUAUUGAAGUCUAAUAAUUGUUAAUCAGUUUAACGCCGUUUUUAAUUGCUUUACAGUACAUUAUUUCUGGAUCUCUUUCAGUUGCUGCAUCUAACAAACCAACUAAGAUAAUGGUAAAUAUUCUGUACAAUAUAAAAACAUUUUGUGGUAAACACUUUCAAGUGUUGUUUUUGUUUUCCUUAAAGUUGAUUAACGUAUGGUUAAAAAUUGCCCCUAGGCUAGUAAUGUGUCAGGAUUAAGUCCACUCAACAUGCAGAAUUAGUCAGCAAAAUUAAAGGAUAGGAUAGAGCGUAUCAUUAUAUGCCCUUAUAAGUGGUUGAGUUUAAUUCAAAUUUCAGGUGAAACACACCUGAAAUUCCAAUGCAAAAAAUACCAGCAUUUCAUAGAGUUCUAUCUUACUUAAAGGGACUCUCCAGUGCCAGGGAAACAAACCCAUUUCCCUGGCAUAAGAGUGUCCCACUCUCUCCCACCCCAACCCAUGUCACUGAAGGGGUAAAAACCCCUUCCGCUACUUCCUGAAUAUAGUAAGUGUGAGUCUCCACCAAGUAUGUGAUUCUUUUUUUUUUUUUCGUAUAUAAAUUUUUAUUUUUCAUUUAAAAGAAAAUUCCAUCCAAAUGCAUCCUCAUAGUUAGAUAUUACAUUAUGGUGCAAUAUUUUGCUUUACAAUAAAUUUAUAGUUACACAAGUAUGUGAUUCUAACAUCAGCUAAAGUGACCCAGACCUCUUCAUUUCAGUGAAGUGACCUGGGUGCAUGGGUCCUGUCAUUUUAACUUUUCAAGGCAAAACAUUGCAUUUUGCAGAAAGUUUCUAAAGCUUCUCUAUGAGGAGCAUUGGGUUUGACCACAUUGUAGGUGGCCAUGCCUCAGCCAUGGAGACAGAGUGUUAAGGGAGCCUUCAUUCUAGAAAUGGUAGGUGAAAAUUUUUAUUUUAUUAUUUUUAUGGCACAAACGUUGAGGGGAGUCAUUAUAAAUAGAGACAGGGAUACUAAAAUGUUAGGAUUAAAAGUGUGUUAUCCUAGCACUUUAGUGUGCUUUUAAUUCCAAAAUAGCAGAGCAAUUAUCAGAGUGAGAAACCUAAUCUAUACACCAAACCUGCAUAACUAAGCUAAAGUUGUUUUGAUGCUUAGAGUGUCCCUUUAAUAUAAAUCUAUAAAGCCAUUCAAACAUAGUACAAGCAACUGCCACAAGAAACUGCAAGGAGCUAUAUCUCCAGACCCUCUAGCCAUUGGUUCUUUGAAUACAAUGGAGGAAAUCUAUUUUUUUAUUGCAAUAUGUCCAUGAGUAACACAGAUCAACCUCUUAUUGCUGGGCUUCAACCUCAACAAACCAUUCGUACAGUGAGCAGCAACAUUCUAAGAAUACAUCUUUACAAAAUCACACAGUUGCAAUGUUUGUGAUAAUAAUAUUCCAUGUUAAUUAAGAAUGAUUGAUUGACCACUAAGGAGCAAAUUAAACUAUUAUUGAUAGUUAAGAUGGCGCCAGUACACUGUACUGAAAAUGUUAAUAACCACAAAACACAGCACCAGAAUGACUCAUGCAUAGCUUCACAAGAUAGUUAUGAGAACAGAGCUAGCUUUUUAGAUAAGAGAUAAUAACCACACAGAUCUGACACAGUAUUGUUGGUGGGCCUGAUCAGCCUGGCCAGCUUUCGGUCCCAUUCAACACUUUUGCAAGGUCUUUGCUGGGCUGCACUGAUAAGAAGAAUUGGUGGAAAAGUACAGACUAUUCACCCCAUUGAUUAUUAAGUUUCUUAUAAAAGACGAGAAAACUUGGCACUUGUUUGGAGUACUACCCACCUGUAAUACAGACGCGUAUUGCUGGUUUUUCUGAUUCCCAGUAAGAGAGGGUCCCCUUCAUGCCUGACUGACAGAAGUUUUCUUAGUUGAGUGCAGCAAGCUUCUCUUAUGGUGAUGUAUAAUUGAGCUGUUUCUUUAAGCUGUUUUUAUUAAGCUGUUUUUAUUAAGAUGAAUAUUAAGCAUUAAGUCUCUGUUAGUCAAUAAAGUUUGUAUUGAUUAUUUACAAGUACUUGAUGUCAGUGUUUUUCCCUUUCUCAAAUACUAAAUUCACUCAUCCGAAUAGGGUUUUGGUGCCCACCAAUAUCUUUAAAAACCUUAGGGUAAUUGAUUAUUACUUUUUGAUAUUGGUGCUUAAUUAAUUUAAUGAUUAUGCACAACAAUGUUCUAAUAGCUAUUUAAAAGUAAUGUAUUGAAGUGGUCAUGGUACUUGGAGUCUGUAUGCACAGCAUUUCAAUAUUAAUUGCUGCACAUGCCAUGAUAUGUAGGAUAGUUUUUGGAGGUGUAAAUUCAGCUCUGGAAGAAUAAGAGUUCAGGGCUGAAAGCCAUAGAAUGAGCAUUAGUAUCAGCAUGCAGCUUCAGAACCAGAUGUGCAUCACCAAGAUAAGAGGCCAGGCUCCCAAGAGGACCCAGGGAAAAGGCAAACAAUUUAAAAAGGGCAAAACAAUUAUAAAAGGGCUUGCCACAUUAACAGGGAAUGGCGCCCAGGUACUCUUUGUAUCAUAUCCACUACAACUGGCUGUAAUAGUUAUGAUGCCUGGAGCAAAAAAAAAAAAAUGGUGCUACCCUUUUAAAUUAAAUUUUUAGUAUUAGUUACAGCAAAUGGAAAUAGAAAUGCUAAAUGUUGUUUUUACAUUCUAUCGUUGAUGCUCUAGGUUGACAUUUAAUCAGUACAUACACUGAGCAGUCACAACAUUAAAACCAUGUCAUGUAGGUCCUACCUGUGGUCAGUGGUGUAUCCUGGUUUUGUGCUGCCCUAGGCAGGACAAAACUCAGGCCACUCCAGCCCCACCCAACCCUUCCCCCCGCCUUCUAAAUACACACACACACAUUCACUGACAUAUACGCAUACACACACUAACAGACACACACACACACUAACAGACACACACACACUAACAGACACACACACACAGUCAGACACACACACACACUAACAGACACACACACACUAACAGACACACAGACAGACACACACUAACAGACACACAGUCAGACACACACACACACACUAACAGACACACACACAGUCAGACAGACACAUACACACUAACAGACACAAACUGUCAGACACACACACACACUAACAGACACACACACAUACUGACAGACACACACAGUCAGACAGUCAGACAUACACACAUACUGACCGACACACACAGUCAGACACACACAUACACACUGACAGACACACUCACACAGUCACACACACACACUAACAAACACACAUUAACAGACACACUAACAAACACACACACUCACAUUAACACCUUUUUUUUUUUUUUAUUUACCCCACCUCUCUUACCUUUGGGAAUGCUGGAGGGGGAGGGGGUUCUCUAUCGCCCUGGUGGUCCAUUGGCUGCGGGCGGCGCUGGGCGGGCGUCCGGUGAGGGAGCUCUUCCUCUGAGUGAUCCGCUCAGCUCCCUCGUGCGCCGCACAGUGAGGCUGGGAGCCGGAAUAUGACGUCAUCUUCCGGCUCCCAGCCUCACUGUGCGGUGCGCGAGGGAGCUGAGCAGACCGCUCAGAGGAAGAGCUCCCUCACCGGCCGCCCGCCCAGCGCUGCCCGCUCGGUAUGUCAGUUAGCCCCUGUCUGUGGUGCAAAAACAGCUCUAAUGCAUGGAGGCAUGGACUCCACAGAACCUCGGAAUGUGUCAUAUGGUAACUGGCACCAAGACAUUAGUAGCAGAUCCUUUAAAUGAGAGAAGCCUCAAUUGAUUGGACUUGUUGUUCCAACACAUCCCACAGAUUCUAAAUUGGAUUGAGGUCUGUGGAAUUUGGAGGCCAAUGCAACAUGUUGAACUCUUUGUCAUGUUCCUCAAACCAUUUCUGAACAAUUUUUGAUGCGUGGCAGGGUGCAUUAUCCUUCUGAAAAAGGCGACUGCCACCAGGGAACACCUUAGCUCCAGGUAGGUGUUACAUGUCAAAAUUUUAAGGUUUUAAGGUUGUGGCUCAUCGGUGUAAAUAAUCAGAGAAGUCGAUUUACAUUUAACUUUUAAUUGUUGAUCAGUGUAUACAUUUAUAGAAUAUGAUAAUUGUAGACUAUAUGCAAUAAUUAUUCCAAAACACUGAAUGAUACUAACUAUAAAAGCAUGAAUUGGAUUUCCUGAAAACUGAAAUAUAAAGCAUGAAACAUCUAUGUAUUUCUAUUCCAGGUGAACACCAGCUUUAUUAUCAACACAAUCAGUACAGUGAUAGCUGCGGUUUCCCUGUUAAUAUAUAUUAGUUAUCUUAUUAGUGAAGGGCACAGGAGUACCAUAUACAGUACAUACUACAUGCAAUGUGCAUACUAUGAUCCAAUACACAAAUGUAAAGGAAAUUUCAACUUAAAAGUAAGUUUAUUUUUGUUAUUAUUAUGAUUUGGUUAAUCUUUAAACCUUUGAAAUGUGUGAGCAAGAGUCAGAUGAAAAUGUCCUCUUCCAAUUAGAGUUCCCCUAUUUGACUAAUUACAUUUUUUUCAGUUUAUUUAUUUUAACAUUCUUUUUUUAACCUAUGGACCUGGGGUUAGAUUAAUUACAUUAUAUAAUAUGAAGCUUAACCUGGUCAUUGGAGUUUAGUAGGUUUCUGUGAAUAUACUGCUGUAAAUAAAAGUGAUGUAUCCAGCACAUUUAGGGGCCUUUGAGCUAACUGGUGCAAUUUUUAGGUCCAAAUGUAGUCAAUGGGCAUAGUCGCCACAUAUUUCAAUUGGUAAUUUGGGGGAUUAUCUGUAAUUAUUGGCGACCUUGGGCUCUCUAAAGUUUUGCUUCAUUUGCCAGGAUUGGAAAUCUCAAUAAAUUAAUCUAGUUAUAUAUUCAAAACAAAGCUCAGCAUCUGCUCCCUCUGCCAACAUAGACCAUGUCCCUGCGUGAAGUGUUAGAACUCUUACUGAGGGAGCAGAUGCAUACCUGCCAGUCUUACCUGCCCACAUUCUCAGACUGAGGUGGGCAAGCAGGAGAAAAGACUGCACAGAGCACAUUAUGAAUGGUGGACCUGCCCAUAAAAGUGGUGGGUCUGCUUGCAAAAAUGGUGGGAAGGCUGACAGAGUCUGCCCGUUUAAGGCAGAUCAUGCCUGGAGCUUGGCUCAUUUUCUCCAAGCAUUGACCUAGUGCCCAGUCCCUUCCUGCAUCUUGAAAUCUGGCCAGCAGAUUUCAAAAUGCAUGAAAGGUCCCCAGGACCCAGUUUUGUAGGUACAGUACCCUCAAAUGUCCUGCAAAUUACAUACUGUUGGCACCUAUACAGGUGGGGAACUAACUUUUUUUUAAAAAUCCUUUAUUGUUCAUGGAUAUGUCAAAACAAUAAACAUUGUAUUUACAAAACAAGAGAUAUAUUUGUAUAAAGUCUUCCAGGCUUCACAGCUGAGAUGCAUCGAGAUAUGUAUUUCAAAACAAUAUAGCACAGCACAUGUUUAUUAACAUUCACAAUACAAGAAAAGUACAAAAGAGCAUUAACAACUCCAUAAGGACACAGCUUCAGAAGAUGGGCUUACCCUUAAGGACACAAGCAAAUUUUGCAUCUUAUGCUGUUUGUGUUAAACUGCAGUUUGCAACUCUCUCGUUUAUUGUACAAAUACAUAUAUAUACAAUUUUUAAGAAAACAAGGGCUUUAAUUUGAUGUGACAUACACGCAUAUAAAGAGAGCAGAAAACAAGCCGGCCUGUAUUUUAGAUCUGUUCUGCCUUUUUGGGUAGAAUCAAUCUCAGAUGUGAAUGGCCUGGUUCCCUGGGUAAUGGCACAAGAUGACCUAAAACCAGCUUGAGAACUGAGCGGGACCCACUGAAGAGCAGGCUAAUUGAGCUGUUGUCCAUUAUCAGCACUCUCUUGCGACUUGACAUGGACCCCUUGCUCACGGUGCCUAAAGAGAUAUUGACUAUACCUCACUGAUGAUGCCUAAGAAGGUUGAAAUGAUCGUCUAGGGUUGCUGUAUCUCUCGUGCAGAGAGAGCCGGCCUGUAUUUCGGAUCUGUUCUGCCCUUUUGGGUAAUGGCACAAGAUGAGCUAAAACCAGCUUGAGAACUGAGCAGAGACCCACCGAAGGGCAGGCUAAUUGACCUGUUGUACAUUCUCAACACUAUCUUGCGACUUGUUUUUUGGGAAAAAUUCCAAAAAAAAAAUUCACAGUUUUGGUAAUAGUAACUUCUGCAUAAUAUGUCCAGCUUAGUAAAAGGAAUUCAAAAUAGAUUAAUGUAUGUGUCUUGAUUUUUAGAGUACAUAAUAUGUGUAGGAUUUUAUUUAUUUAUUUAUUUUUAAGUUACAGGUCACAAACUACAAGGCCUAUAAAAAAUUUCAAUGUGAAAUAAUUUUAAAAUUUGGUAUGUUUGUCUUGUAAGAUUAAUCCAUUAAGCCGUCACAGAAAACAAUAUUGCCACACAAAAGUAUAUAUUUAUUUAAAGUAGACAUCACAGGCUAUUUACCUAAGGUUGUUUUGACACUUUUUAUGUAGCCAUGUCACCGACAAUCUCUGCUAAAUAUUGUAGUAAAAUUGUGUUUUUUCUGUUUUUCGACAUACAAACAUAUAACAAUGUUAUUUUAAUGUGUAUUUCAUAAAGCUGGUGUGUGCUAUUCCUGUACAAAAUGAAACCCAUAUUGAGGUCAUCUACAUCUGUUGAGUACAACAAUAUCCCCAUUGUAUGCCUUUGCCACUAUUCCGCGAAGCUACAUUGCCAUAUAAGAGACCAGGCUUUUUCAGUUUCUAUAGUUAGAAUUUUAAUUGAUGGACCUAUGUCUGAUUUAGUGGCAUUAUAGCAGUUUGACUGUUCAAAUAACCCCACAAAGGACUUUCGUUUGAGAAAGCUGAAACUCCAGGGUAUCUUAUAUGGCAUAUAUUGUGCCUUAAUGUGCCGCCAUUUGUUCAUCAAUUUAUGUCAAAGUUUGAGGUGAGGAACAAAAAAGGCACUUUUUUUACACACAUGUUGCAUUUUGGGGUAUUUUGUACAUUUGAUAUGUGCCACUGUCAUAAAAUCCCCCAAAUUAUGCUCAAUUACAUCUUCCUAGUAAAAAAAUAUGCCCAAUGUAUGACAUAGACACCAUUUUGUGAAGUUACUGUAAAAGAGACGUGACAAUUUCAGGUUUUUAAUCAUGAAAUUUUCAUAGAUGGUUUUGAUAGGUCCAUGUCCUAUUUUUAGUAGGAUACUUAUUCUAACUACCCCAUAAAUGCAUACCAUUUCUAAAAGAAGAAACCCCAAGGUAUUUCAAACGGCAUAUUUUAGACCUUAGCGUGGGAUCAUUUUUCCACUAGCUUGUACCAAGUGUAGUGGUAAUAGGCUUUUUUUGACACACACAGUGAGUUUGUACUAUAUAUUUUGCAACCCUGUAUGCUAUGGCUGUAUAAUACUUCAUAUGUUGCUCAGCUAUAUCAUCCGAGUACGGCAAUACCCAUAUAUGUACCUUUGCCAGGUAUUUUUGGAUGUUGAAGGGGCACAUUUAAGACACAGCAAUUCCAUUUUUUUCAAAUUUGAAUUUUUGCACUGGAUUAAUGUCCAAUUUUGGAGUAUUAGCUCAUUCCAACUACCCCACAAAGAAGACGCCCCAGGGUGUUUCAAAAGCCAUAUUUUAAACCUUAGCACGGGAUCAUUUUUACCCUAGCUUGUACCAAGUGUAGUGGUAAUAAGCUUUUCUUCUGCCUUUUUGACACAUAUAAUGCGUCAAACCUUAUGUGUGCUAAGGCAGAAUAAUAUUUCAUAUUUUUCUCAGUUAUAUCGUCUGAGUAAAGCAAUAGCCCCAUAUGUACCUUUGCCAGUUAUAUGUGGACAUUGAAAGGGCAAAUUUGAAACACAGCCAUUUAAGUUUUUUUCAAACUUUGACAUUUUACUCUGGGUCCAUGUCCCAUUUUGGAAUAUGUUAGCAGGUCGCUUAUUAGAACUACACAACAUUGUCAUACAAUUUUUUUUAAAGAAGACGCUCCUGAGUGUUUUAAAAGGAAUAUUUUGAACUUUAGUGUGGAAUCAGCGGUAAUAAGCAUUUUCUUCCCUUUUUUAAAACUUUUUCAAACUUUUAAAAACUUUUUUUACUGUUAACCCUUAACUAGCCUAACAGUAAAUCCCCCAAUCCCCCCACUAACUUCUACCCACUUUAGCUAAAUAAAGAAAAAAAUGAUUUAUAAAUAUUUAACCCGGAGGGUUAAAAGAAAUUAAAAGUUAACCCUCAGGGGUUAAAAAAAGUCAGAUAAUAGUAAAAUACUGGGAUCUGAAGUUUGAUCACUGCAGGGAAUGAUCAAUUGGCAGGGAUGGGGUUACAUUUUAUUACAUUUUAUUACAGCAGAGUAAAUGGGGAGCUGGAUUUUUAACUUAAUAUAAUUUCUUUUCUAGGGAGAAGCAGAUCAGCACUGAUCCAUUUCCCUGCACUUCACACUGAGCAUGGAGGUGCAGGGAGGCGGGUAAGCAGUCCCCGCAGCACACGUGCUCAUUCUGACUGGCUGUCAGAGCGAUCACAUUCACUGGGGCCAUGCAGUUGGCUGCUGCCUGCCUGCCUCGGACACUGGGGCAGACUGCAGCAGCAAUCCCCCAUGAUUAAUGCGAUAUCGGGUUAAUUUUAGUAAAUGUUGGGAAAUUUUACGUCAUGUGUUCAUAAGGGUAGGACAUGCCUGACGAAAACUUUCCAUCUUGCAUCGCGAAAGGGUUAAUGAACAUAUACCUAAAUAUGUGAAUAUUCAGCUAUGUACUGUAUAUGCCAGGUUGCUGAGUGGGUGUCAGUCCCCCCCAACCUCUCUUGUGCUCCCAGGCACUGAGUUGUGAGUACUUGGUGGGCAGAGGUCAGCUGCCCUCUGCCCUGUUGCCAGCACUUCUGCUGGGGUGGCUUGUGGGUAUUCAGGCCCUGGACAAAGGGAAAGGGGAGGCCAGAGGCCAACUGCUCUCUGCCCGGUUGCCAGUUCUUACGCUGGGAUAACUGGUACAUAAUCUUGCCCUGUAACAAGGAGGAAGGUAGGGAAGAGGCCAGCGGUGCUCUGCCCUGAUGCCAGCUCUUCUACUGGAAGGGGGUCAGUGGGUGUUGCAGUCUCAUCCACUAACCUCAGUACCUGGUUGGGAAUUGGCUGUGGAGAAAAGGGAUCGCCUACCUACUCCUGGUAUUCCUGCGGGUCUGGUUGGGAGUCUGGACCAGCGGUCCAAUAUUCCUGUAAGUCUGAUACAGAGACCGCGGUCCCAUCUUCACCAUUGGGGUCAGGGGUGCUGUCCUCUUGUAAUUGGCAUGAAGGGCCAACUGUCUCCUCUUCCGGUAAAUCCGGCUGUCGCUGAGGAGGAAGGACAACACCUUCCGCUCCCAAUAUUGCACACUGCUGCUGGGGAGUGAGACUGAUUGUCUCCACUCCCUGUAGGAUACACUGCCACUGGGGAGAGAGACCGAACCGUCUCUUCGCCCAAUAACAUACUGGGCAACUGGGGAGUAGGACCGACUGGCCCUACUCUCGGUAACUCCGGCUGUAGCUGGGGAUCUGUCCCAUCUCCACAUGCCGUCUGGAGGUCUUCCCAGGAAAAAAAGUCUAUGAGGUCCCCUACUUCGGUAGCUGGUAGUGAAGCAGGGGGUACCUCACGCAGAUCUGGGUCUGUCUGCCGGGUAGAUUGGGGCUGAAUUGAGCUGAGCAGGUGCUGGUACUCCUGCUCCAGAUCCCAUUCUAGUGUGACCAGAUGGAUCAGAUCUGGCCCUAGGUCGCCAGCUCUAGGGAUAUCCAGUAUGGCCUCCCUAUGGUUAUGUAUGACCCAAAAGCGUGACUCUGUAGCACUCCUGAACUCCGGUUGGGCAAAGGCCUCACAUAACAGGCCAGGGUCAUUUUAAUCCUCACCCUCAGGCUUCUCAUAGCACCUAGUAUGUGGGUAAGUAAGAAGGACAUGGAGGAUGUACUAGGUACGUCAGCGUCGUUAAGGACCACUUUUUGUCCUUAAGGGGUUAAACCUGAAUACUGAAGUUUAAGUUUAGAAAAAAACAACUCAUACAAUUUCCCAAACUAAUUAACAUAUUUUGUUUUAAAAGAACACAACAACAGAGAGUUCAAUUAUGAAAACUGUGUUUUAUUGAAAAAUCAUCAAGUCUAGAAAAUGAAAACGCACUGGUGUUCGGUGAUGCUUCACCUAACUAAGGACCUAUUCCCAUCUAUCCGCCUGCAGUUUGCACGCAUCUUACAUGCUGCUUUGGUUGGGAAUCUGCACAGUUUACAUCAGAAUUACAUCCGUCUUACAUCCGGUUUUGGUGCAGCUUUGUAUGUAUGUCAAUGGACAUGCAAUUUUCAUCAGGUUUCUGUCCGUCCAACUGCACCAAAACUGCAUGUAAACUGUGCCAAAGAUGCAUGCAAGGGGAUACUCAACUUGUAGUUUGAUUACAUGCCAGACUGAAAUUGUAUAAAGAGCAUCACAUCCUCCUCCUCUCCACCCAGCAUCUCCUCCUCCUCCUUUCCCCCCAGCAUCUCCUCCUCCUCCUCUCCCCCCAGCAUCUCCUCCUCCUUCACUUCCUCCUUAGACAAUGCCAUUUAAAUAUCACUGUAUUCUAAAUAAAAUAAGACCAAUGCAAAAACAAUACAUGCAGUAAUAAGUAUGUAUAUAUUAUUUCUGUUCAGCGUAUUUUAUUAUGCAACUUAUUACUUGCUUUAUUUUACAGCAUGCACUAAUGUGCAUUGGAGCAAUAUUUGUAAUCUCUACUCUGCUGCAGUUCUGCACUUCCCUGUCCAUGUCCAUCUUUGGAUGCAAGACAAUGUGCCGUGCAUCUGACAGUGGAAUGGUAAGUUUAUGUUUUUAGCAUAUAUUUGAUGUGCUUUUAUGUACAGGGAAAGUGCAAAAACUUAACUUUUAAUCCAAGUAGGUUGACAUACCAAUAAAAUGUAUGUGAUCAGUUACAAUACAAAUCUUUUAUACAGCUUCUUCUAAUUUACCAUUGGCUCUGGCCAGAGUAUUUAUUAUCUAUAUAUAUAUAUAUAUAUAUAUAUAAGAUAACAUGCACCCUCGUGAAACAUUAAUAAAACCCCUUAAAGACACAUGUCGGAAAUGUUUCGUCAUAUGAUUCCCUUUAUUUCUGAAGCUGUGUCCUUGGUGAGUAAAGGGAUAGAGUUACUAAUAGUCAGGUUAUACUCACUGUGCACCAACUGGAGUCAAGUGAAUAUAAUACAUAUUUCUCCAGGGAGAAUUUUAUAAAUUGGCUAACUAGACUAGAUUGCAAAAGUGAUGGUAGGAGCCGCACUCAAUCCCAGCAGCCACCCAGUGCUCCGGAGCAGGACCAGCAAUCCCACAACGACAAGGCAAAAAAUAGAUUCUCCAGGCAGUUUUAAUGAAACAAAAGAACAGCAACGUUUUGACCUUCUGAGAGGUCUUUUUCAAGCUAACACCACAAGGCAAAAUUAAGUGUAUAUAUAUAUCAAACAAUGCUAACAAAAUUAACCAAUAAUUCACUUAAUUAAAAUUCAUUAACAUAAAUAAUAAACACAAAUCAUACAGAACACACACAAUGUCUAUACAUACAAUGAUCCAUGGCUUACCUCUGUAUGUCAGAGAAGGAAGAGACAGGAGGCAAUAAUAAAAUAACAAAAAGUCAAAACAAAAGCAAACAAACAAAAUAAUAAAGGUAAAAAUAAAAAUAAAAGUUUGGCAAGGCAAAAAAAGGAUACUUCCAGUAACAUGGACACAUGAAAGCUUUCCUGUUCCAUGGAAUGCAGUAAAUCAGCACAAGCACAAACUAAAAUUGAAAGGCAAUCUCAAAAAGGGCAAAAGAACACUUUUACGUUCAUACGCACGAAUGGCACUCGCUUUACGCAUAUUCAUGCGCUCGAGCAUGGGAACGAGCCACUCAUAAUACAGCGCAAGGCGUCCUCUGGAAAUUAGCCAAACUUAGAUACAUAUGCGCAUGCGUGCAGCCUAAAUCAGGCGUACGAUAUGCCAAUCCCACUAAACAGCUGUUUGGAAACAAAAAGAAGCAAGAGAGAGGGGGGAAAAAAAAAAUAACUAAAAAGGUGUAAAGAGAAAAUAAAAAUAAUAAAGAUAAAGAUCAUAAUAAAAUACAAAAAAUUAAAACUAAAUAAGAAAUAAAAGUAAAUAAUUAAAGGUUUGACUUUUUACCUCUGGUCUGAAGGGCACUUGUCCCUUCUGCCAGUGAGAGCCUUAAAGGACCACUAUAGUGCCAGGAAAACAUACUUGUUUUCCUGGCACUAUAGUGCCCUGAGGGUGCCCCAACCCUCAGGGUCCCCGUCCCGCCGGGCUCUGGGGAGAGGAAAGGUGUUAAAACUUACCUUUUUCCAGCACCGGGUGGGGAGCUCUCCUCCUCCUCUCCGCCUCCUCUCCUCCCAUUCGGCUGAAUGCGCACGCGCGGCAAGAGCAUUCAUAAUGCUUUCCUAUGGACGCUGGCGUCUUCUCACUGUGAUUUUCACAGUGAGAAUCACGCAAGCACCUCUAGCGGCUGUCAAUGAGACAGCCACUAGAGGAUUUGAGGGCUGGAUUAACCCAUUUAUAAACAUAGCAGUUUCUCUGCUAUGUUUAUAAAAAAAUGGGUUAACCCUAGCUGGACCUGGCACCCAGACCACUUCAUUAAGCUGUAGUGGUCUGGGUGCCUAGAGUGGUCCUUUAAGGUCCUGAUAGGAGCUUUUGUUAUCUAUUCUGAGCUAAGACCUGUCCUUCUGAGUGUCAUAGAGGCAGGUUCUUGGAAUGUUCCUUUAUGUUUCAGUACAGUGCUGGUGGGUUUAUAGUCAUGAAACUACGAGCACUAAAUAAUAUAAUAUAGAAGUAGAAACAAAAGUUUAUCUACUUCCUAUUGCUAAUAUUGUAAACUAGAAAAAUUAUAUAAACUGAUACGAUAGCAAACAUGCACCGAUUACGCAAUAUUCUGAUGAAUAUUAGCCACAUAAAAAAAGAAUUAUUUAUAAUUUACAUUGUUCUAGGUAGCAAAAUCCAUACUAUUUAAAACAUAGAAAUAUAUGCAUGGGUGUCUCUUGUGACUAACAUUACAUCUAUGUUGUAUUACAGCAUGUGGUGAUUUAUCAGACUACUUCCUUGAAUGCUGGCAACACGGCCAACGUUUCUGCUUCAGCUCUUCCUCCUGAUGCUCAGUGA